AUGGCUGAAACCCCCAAUCAGUCUCGAGAUAAGAGCUCGGCUAGCCCUUGGUUUAUGCGCAGCGCACUUGCAAUUGGCCUUGCUGUAGUGUUUAUCGCACUUCUUAACAAUGCCAGACAGUCCUCUACCUCACAUUGGUUGGAGUCGUACGGACCCGGAACAGAGUCCGAGACAUGCCAGCAAGUACCGAAGCUGUCCCCAACAAAUAAACGAGUCGAGACAUACAUUCGUGAAACGGUCCAGUCGGCGGAAUACCAGCGAGAAGUCAUCAAAAAGCUCUCGGGAAUUAUUCAAAUCCCAUCUGAAAGUUAUGACGAAUUGGGACCCAUUGGUGAAGACGAUAGAUGGGAUAUAUUCUUCCAAAUAGAGAGUUAUCUCAAGGAUACCUAUCCCACGGUAUUUCAGAACGUCAAGCUAGAUCAUGCCAAUACGCACGGAUUGAUCCUGACAUGGCAAGGCAGCGUCUCUCCCUCGCAGGCCAAACCGAUUCUCUUGCUGGCGCAUCAAGACGUGGUGCCGGUCCUUAUGGAGAAUGUGAAGGAUUGGACUCAUCCGCCAUAUGAUGGUCACUACGACGGCGAGAUUAUCUGGGGUCGCGGUGCCACGGACGACAAGGGCUACCUAAUAUCUAUCAUUGAGACCCUAGACCUUUUGAUCAAGAGCGGAUUUACACCAAAGAGAACAGUUAUCCUGGCAUUCGGCUGUGACGAAGAGAUCAGCGGCGAAAAUUGCGGAAGACCCAUCUCGAAUUUCCUGCACGAGCAGUACGGAAACGAUGGGAUAUACUUGAUCAUGGACGAAGGGUCCACAGGUAUCCAGAGAGAAUUCGACCGGUCUUUUGCCAUGAUUGGUGUCGCAGAAAAGGGCUAUUUAGACGUCGGAAUCAACGUCUCGUCGACCGGUGGCCAUGCGAGUAACCCGCCGGAUCAUAAUGCCAUUGGCAUCCUGUCGGAAAUUGUGGUUGCAAUUGAGAACAAUCCAUUCCUGGGAAAAAUCACUUCGAAGAAUCCAAUGUUUCAUUUCUUGGAGUGUGCCGCCGUCUAUGCUGCUGGGUCGAGCUUCCCAAUGUCGGAUCGCCGCACGCUGAGCAAGGCUGCUGCCCAAGACAACAAUAUCAGCCAGAAGCAACUCGACCAGGCACUCGGCAAUAUGAAAUACCACUUCAGGACAAGCCAGUCUAUGGGAAAGAUCAACGGUGGCGUCAAGAUUAAUGCCAUCCCAGAAACAGCCUCUACAAUGGUCAACUUGCGCCUUGCGGUUGAAACUAGUAUUGCUCAGGUUGAGGCGCACUACGAGUCUCUAGUUAAGACAAUUUCUAGAAAGCAUGGAAUGGUAUUCAAAGGCUUUCAUUCUACAUGCGAUCCUUCCGUUUCACGGAAGAUUUGCCUGUUCGGAGUAGACGCCUUAGAGCCAGCUCCCAUUUCUCCUGCUGAUGCCGAAUCCUAUCACAUUUUGUCUGGCACCAUCAAGAAUGUCCUCAAGCCACUUGGUCAGGAUGACGAGCUUAUUGUAACACCUUAUUUAAUGCCAGCAAACACCGAUACCAAGUUCUUCUGGGCGCUGACCAAGAACAUCUACAGAUUCACGCCUGUGAAUCUAGUGGAAAACCUGAACCGAGCGCAUACGACCAAUGAAUUUAUUCGAGCUGAUGAAUUUGUGCGAGAGCCUCUAUUUUUCGCAAGCUUAAUUCUAAAUUCAGAUGACGUUGUGGAUUAA